AUGUCUCCCGAGCCGCCUGACUUCUCAGAGGAGGGCUUCGUGGUGGCAGGCGUGCCACUCGAGGUCUUCGAGGAAGGCCUGAAGGCUCGCCGCUCAGCACGAAGACUUCUGAAGGCGAAGGAGAUAGAUGCCGAAAGCUGCCAGGCUACCAGAGUCAUGUGCGAGGGAGCUUUUAAAUCAAUGCGCAAUUCCUUCCUGGUGGAUUGCCGCGAGCAGACGCAUCGGUGCAACCGUCUCCGGGACCUCAUGGAAGAGUGCCAGAGUGCCUGCGAGGCUGCCUUUGCACGCUGCAGGACCAAGCCGCCCCCAGCUGCUGUUUGGCAGAAAGUCCAGGAGCUCCGUGGUCAAUGGUGA